AUGGAGUCCAAGUUACGCAGUCUGUUCCACGACCCAGAGUACUACACCAAGUCCUUCGACUGCUUCGCUGCUCUGUCGGCGAAGUUCAGCGAGCUUGCGAACUGGGGAGAGACUGUGUUUGGUGAAGCUGUCGUUGACAAAAUCAAGAUCACACUGGGCGAUAACGAAGAGCUACGUGUACUUGGAGUAGGAAGUGGAUCAGGUGAGAUGGACGUGCAGAUGCUGACCAAACUCCUGCGACGCUUUCCACUCAUCAACAACCGUGUAGUUGAGCCUGCCAUGGACCAGCUUGUCAAGUACAAGGCCUUAGCACAAUCCAAGGCAAACGACCUACACGGAGUAACUUGCGACUGGCGUCAGCAGACGAUCGCUCAAUACGAAAAGGCGGGAGAUUCGAAAAAGUUCCAUUUCAUCAGCUCAAUUCACUCCAUCUAUUACGUGGGCGAUGUUGACCGUUGCAUGAUGUAUCUGUACGACCGAUUGGAGCCCGGAGGAGUCUUGCUAGUGAUAACUUACUCAGACGACAGUGGGUGGUGGCGUUUCAGGAAUCACUUCCCAAGUUUUCAAGACAGUCUGGUGACCUUCACAAACUCGUCCCUCAUACGCGGCUCCUUGGAGCGCCGAGGCAUCCCGUGCACGCUGUACCACCAGCGCUCCCGUUUCGAGAUCACCCAGUGUUUCGAUGAGGCGUCGGAGGAGGGCGCCCUGUUGGUGGAUUUCCUGACCCACGUGAUCAAGUUGAAGGAGACGGCGCCUGCGCAGUUGUACAAGGAGGUCAUUGAAUAUCUCGGGAGUGACCAUUGCUCCGAGAAGAGCGGAGACGAUGUUCUCUUCAACAACUACUGGGAUGCAGUUGUCGUAUGCAAGCCAGUGGACUAGGGUCCGAGGUGAUGCUUUAUGGAUAACUGGGGGCGUAAUCAGACCAGUUUAAAUGGAGCAGGGGGGGGGCAAUGAUAUUAGAGCCAGUUCGGUAUUCCAUCGUUACUGCGCUGCGCAUGUUCACAUCACGAUAUGAUGCAUUUUAGUUCCGGUGUAGCAUCAACCUCGUCCUCAGUGCUUACUUUAUUUCCAACGUUGUUUCCAAUAGUAAACCCUGGAUAGGAAACUUCCUUCCUACAUCCUG